AUGGAGUGCCGCGCAAAAAACAUUACAAAACUUCAAGAUAUUUUAAGUGACAAACAAUUGGAACAUAUUGUCCAAAAAGUUAAGACUGGAGCGAAAAUUGUUGGCUAUGAUCUCCAACCACUUACUACAUCAGAUAUGGCAGGACUACUCGGAAAUUAUUUCAGGCUAACGAUACAGGUUCAAGAGGACUCAGUCAAAAAUAUACAUUUAUUUAUAAAAACUUUACCGUUUAACCAAACAAAGGUUGACACUAUACGACAAAACAAUUUUAACACAAGAGAAGCUUUAUUUUACAAACUUAUCGAAGAAAUGGAUGACAGUGAAGAUCCAAAUCCUUGGCUACCGAAAGCUUAUAUUUAUAAUGAAAAUACGCUUGUAAUGUCUGACCUCUCUAAAGAAGGAUACAAGUCACAUCCUUCAACGAAAUAUUUCGACAAAAACCACAUUAUGGUUACAGCAAAAUCCGUCGCUCGUUUCCACGCCGUCUUCGCCAAUUACGUGACAAAGAAAAGCGAAUAUAGAAGCAAAGCCUACAAUUUCCUUGAUGACUAUGGUCACCUCAUGAAUGAGCCAACAUUCCUCGACCCGCGAUGGUCACAGGCUGCUGCCAAAUUAACUUGCAAUUAUCUGAAAGAAUACUCUGCAAAUUAUAACAAAUACCCAGCUUAUUUAGAGGAACAAUUGAGUGGUUUGUACUGUAAGGCUUAUAACGAUUUAAAAGAUUAUCAAGACACUUUAAAUGUUAUUAUUCAUAGGGAUCUCUGGUUCAAUAACAUAUUAUUUCGUUAUUCCGGAGACGUGGCCGUCAAUGCUAUUCUAUUAGACUAUCAAAGCAUGCGGGUUGCUCCACCAGCCUUCGACAUAAUGCUAGUACUCCAUUUGACAACCUCUAAAAGGUUCCGAGAGUGUCACGAAAGUGAAGUACUUCAUUAUUAUUAUUCACUUUUCAUGGAAUCGUUAGAUGAUAAUACUAAACAAAGAUUGGCAUCAAUGCAUUACGAUAUUGAUACUUUCCUGUUCUGGUGCGAGAAGGCUCGACUUUUUGCGAUGUUCUACACUGCGGGGGCAUUUCCUAUCAUUUUGAUGGAUUCAGUUCAUGCUCAGAAAACAUUAGACGACCCAGCAAUGCUUAUAGAUCUUAUGUAUAAAGAUCGAUCGGAGCCAGUACUUGAACACGCGAAAGAAAACACCAAUUAUAGAGACAAACUUUUAGAUAUCUUUGAAGAAAUAGUUGAAUAUGCCUUACAAAAUUGA